AUGAAGUUGCUCAACACCAUCCUCAUGUGUCUGACCAUUGGUCUCGCACUACUCAUUGCUGCUGCUCCCACGGUCGGCGACGACCAUGUCAUGCCUUACGAUUACUCAAAUGUCACUGCCGCCGAAGACCCUAACGACUGGACGCCGACCUUCAGUCACCACGGCCUCGCCACUGUGGAGGUCUGGGUAGGUCGUCCGGCCAUCAAUGGUGGUGACCUCAAGGGCGCAGAAAUGAAUGCGGCAAUCUGGAAUCUACUCGGCCAUCUAUGUCCUAACACGCGUGGUUGGUGUAAUGAGAACUGGCCAGGCCGCUGCAUCAAUGUUCAAUACGUCUCCAGAUUCAACCCAUUUCCUGUUGAGCUAGGUUGGGCUAAGCUCUGUAUGAAAGUGCACGGCCAGUGGGAGAACGAAACCAUUCGUCAGCUUCUUAUCAACACUAUUUCUGCUACAUACAUGGGAUUUACCGAUGACUCUUACAACAGCCCCAACUGCUGGGAAUUUCCAGGUCGGCAAUUCUGCAACAUCCCAAAUGGGGUUCGUGUCAACCUCCCCCCUCUUAGCGGCGACAAGGAAACUCAUACAAACUGGAUGCACGUCGAACUAAAGGGUGGCGGUUAUGUCAAUCACGAGUUCCACUGUUGUGAGACGCGCGAUAAGGUCGACUCGCAGCUUGACAAGCUACAUGAUAGCAUGACUACCGUCUUUCAUGCAGACUAUGGUGAACACUCCAAUGCAAGUUCCGGGAGACUAAGUGCAUGGUUCGUGGUUGGAUGGACUGCGAAGGAUGUUGCAAGCGGUUUGACUGCAACAAGUGCAACCAUUGCGGGUCAGAGUGCAAACCUUUAUAAUAGGUGGUACUGGAUGCAUAUGAACCAAGCACCAUAG